UAUCGAUAUCAAUGACAGGAGGCUGUUGGCACGAACACGCCCACCCAACCAGGAAGUCGUUUCGAAGUUGCACAACGAUUUCAGGUGAAACGAAACUACGCGAAAACCUGUGAAGCGUUACACAGCACAAACGGAGAAUGGCAGAAGCGGCACCAAAUAACCACGAACUUUUUACAUGUUCGAUUUGUUUGGAUCUUCUUAGGGAUCCAGUGACUACUAAUUGUGGACACAGUUACUGUAUGGGCUGCAUUACGAGCUGCUGGGAUCAGGAAGAUCAGAAGGGAGUCUACAGCUGUCCCCAGUGCAGACAGACUUUCACCCCAAGACCCGUUUUAAGCAAAAAUAAUAUUUUUGCUGAGCUGGUGGAACAGAUCAAGAAGACCAGAAUCCAAGCUGCUGCUCCUGUUCCAUGUACGGCUGGACCUGGAGAUGUGGAGUGUGACGUCUGCACUGGGAGAAAACUCAAAGCUGUGAAGUCCUGUCUGGAAUGUCUGGUGUCAUACUGUGAAACUCACUACAAAGUUCACAAUGACAUAAACCCUGGGCGAAAACACAAGGUGGUUGAUGCCACAGGCCAGCUACAAGAGAGGAUCUGCACCCAACAUGAGAAGCCUCUGGAGAUAUUUUGUCGUACGGAUCUAAGUUGUGUUUGUUUGCUCUGUCUGGUGGAUGAACACAAAGGCCAUGACACUGUGUCAGCCUCUGCAGGGAGGAGAGAGAAACAGACACACUUGGGGGAGACCCAGAAUAAAAUCCAGCAGAGAAUCCAGGAGAGAGAGAAGGAGCUGCAGGAGCUGAGGAAGGCUUUGGAGACUCUCAAGAGCUCUGCACAGACAGCAGUGGAGGACAGUGAGAGGAUCUUUACUGAGAUGAUCCGCUCCAUUGAGAGAAGGCGCUCUGAGGUGAAAGAGCUGAUCAGUGCUCAGGAGAAGGCUGAGGUGAGUCAAGCUGAAGGACUCCUGAAGCGACUGGAGCAGGAGAUUGCUGAGCUGAAGAGGAGAGAUGCUGAGCUGGAGCAGCUUUCACACACAGAGGAUCACAUCCAUUUCCUCAAGACUUUCCAGUCAGUCAGUGAGAUACCUGACUCUAAAGACUUAUCCUGCAUCUCUGUGAACCAAGGCCUCUCCUUUGAGGCUGUGAAGAAAUCUGUCUCCUCACUAAAGACGCAGCUAGAGAAUUUCUGCAAGGAGGAAGUCAUGAAGAUAUCUGCAUCAGUGACUGAAGUCCAGGCUAUUUUGCCUCCUGAACCUACAACCAGAGAGGAUUUCCUACAAUACUCCUGUCACUUUACACUGGAUCCAAACACAGCACACAGAAAACUCCAUCUGUCCGAGGGGAACAGGAUGGUGGAAAGGAGAGCUGAGCUCCAGUCAUAUCCUGAUCAUCCAGAGAGAUUUGAUGGGUGGUGGCAGGUGCUGUGUACAGAGGGUGUGUCUGGACGCUGCUACUGGGAGGUUGAGUGGAGUGGGGUGUGUGUUGAUAUAUCAGUCUCAUAUAAAAGCAUCAGCAGGAGAGGAGGGCGUGAUGAGUGUGUGUUUGGCCAUAAUGAUCAGUCCUGGAGUCUGGACCUCUCCCGCUUGGGCUCCUCUUUCUAUCACAAUAAUAAAAAGACUAAACACCCUCUAGUGGCCAGCUCCAGAAUAGGAGUGUAUGUGGAUCACAGGGCAGGAACUCUGGCCUUCUACAGCAUCUCUGACACAAUGACCCUCCUGCACAGAGUCCAGACCACAUUCACUCACACACUCUACCCUGGGUUUGGGUUUGGGUUGUUUGGUCAUUCAUCAGUGAAGCUGUUGUGACUGAGAUGUACAGAUGCUGAAUCCAGACUCCAUUCACCCAGCCUCUCUACCCUGGGUUUAGGGUUAGACAUUAGAUCACCUGUGAAGCUGUUGUGACUCUGGGGUGGAGCGCUGGGGUGACCCCACGUAUUGGCAGGUGUACCACACUGGUGUGGUGGUGGUCUGGGAAGAAAACAAUGCUCUGCAGAUGACAUCUGAGGCCAAACUUAGAAUUGUAUUUACAAUCCUAAAUUGGGAUGAUGAAUAAAAUGCAAAUAAAGACAGAAAGAAGCAAUUUGUUAAAUUACCUUUUUUGUAUUAGAUUACACUGACUACAGUUUUUCUUGAUAGCUUAUACACUAUAACUGGGCCUGUUAACUAAACAUCCCAAACCAUGACGCCAUCUACCAGAAGACAGACUCAUUUCCCAAAACUCUCAACACUAUCACCCUGUUUUCACACAUGAUUCAGAUUUAUUGAACUUUUUGAACACAUCCAUUCAUAUAUCACUGGCUGCACCAUGUGCUCAUUCAGUAAACACUGGCAUUCAAUUUCAUUAACUCAAGUCAUCACAGCUCAAACCCAAUUUACAUACAAUUCCCCAGGUGGAAACACGAAGAGUCAAAAGUGGUCACACACCAAUCAGAACCUCAGGAUGGGUAGAUUACUGGGCCAUGGGCCAAUCAGAACCUCAGGAUGGGUAGAUUAAUGGGCCAUGGGCCAAUCAGAACCUCAGGAUAGGUAGAUUAAUGGGCAAUUGGAUCCACAAAGACCACAAAGUACAAACUGUUUAUUUUUCAUUGGUUUAUAUUGCUCAAUACAUUAAAGCAUUUUUUUUUACUGUAUUUAAUGUUCUUUACAUAUCAGUUGCAUAUUUUUCUAGUACAUUUACUUUUUCUCUGAAUUUCAGUUUAUUUUAGUACAGUACAUUGAGAAAUUAAAACUUCUGAAAAUGUC